GGGGGGUCAGGGUGCUGGAUAGUCGGGGUGUGUUACCCCAGUAUAGACCGGAGAGGAGGUCAGUCAAGGUUUGGAUAUAAUAAGAAGUCCUGGUGUUUGAAGGGGUGGGGGUGGGAUGACCAGUAUUGGGUCAUACAUGACAGUCAUGAGAUCCCAUUUUCCAGUGAUGGCGCCAGUACCAGAGUCAGGAUAGAUCUGGAUUAUGAGGCCGGGCGGAUCUCCUUCUAUGAUCUGUGUGACCCGAUCCGACACCUCCACACCUUCACCACCACCUUCACCGAGCCCCUCCAUGCCGGGGUAUAUAUAGAUGAGGAAGGUCAGCUAACAAUAUCUGGGGGGACUUCGAAGUGA